UAGAAAUGAAAUUUGAAAUAGUUUAGCAUAUUCAUGAUCAAGAAGUUAUAAACACAUCAAUUGAUUAGCUGAAAUAAAUAUAAUAAAGUUUGAAGAGUCUAAUUCAAAAUAUAAAGCAACAUAAAAGUUUAUGAUUAUGAAACACAAUUAUGCAUCAUUAAUAAGUAUGAGUUUUUAUAAUAUAAGUAAAUGGAAGAAUCUAGUACUGCUAAUUUUAUAAGGUUUACUCAUUUAAACGAUUUGAUCUAGAUGGUGGUUUAGUAUUUCCAUAUUGAUGUUGCCUACAAGAUUAAGAGUUCUCUCAAUAAUCAGAAUAGAAAAGCAUAAAAAGGCCUAGAACACAUUAUAGAAGAUACGGAAAAAUGAUUCUAAUUUAUCAAUUAAUUAAAGUGCUGUAGG